UCAGUGGAGCCGGGUAGUAGAGAGUUCCAAAAGCGAAAGUUCUGAAAGAGAGCCACGUAUUGCAUUUAAUAUUUUCAAGUAUUAUUUUCACAUUGUGCGGUUAUGCUGACUAGAAUUCUAAAUCAGAUGACUACCAUUUUCCAGUUCGGAUAUGUAUUCGAUUGCUAGACAUUUGCUGUCAUCUUAAUAUUGUAAAUAAUAAUGAUGGAGGAGUUAUCAGAGGGCUUGGAUUUGCUAGAGGUUGGUUGCCUUGGUAGUAUAGAGAUAGUGACCAGAAAGAAAGGUGUGGAAUGUAUUCUUCCACUAAAAACGGUGCCAGUUGGUCUACCUCCUGUGCUACCAGGAAUUUAUGAAGAUUUGGAGAAAUACUUAACAUCUCCAGAAGCUUUGUCCAUCCAUGACUUUAAGCGUGCUCAAAAGUAUGUGCCUCGACAGCGAUGUCCAGAGAGACUUUACCAUACACAGAUGUGUCCAGUGCAAACAACAGUAGUUGUGGAGAGAAAUCCUUCUACAGGUCAGCUGCUGGGAUAUAAGGAAGAGUAUAUUCCAGACAGCAGCAAAACAGCCAGAAAUUCAUUGUCUUUGAACCGAGCACCAUGCCCUUCAUAUUCUGAUAUCCGUGGUUCUUCUGCAAACUUUCCAUUCUGGCCAGGAGGUCUAGAUGAACCAUUGUUGGAAAACUUAGGAGAAGAGAAUGUGUCUCAGUCUGACCUUAACUUUGAAACAGACCUUCUGAGUAUAGCACCUGGCUUAGAUGAAGGAAUGACAUUCGACAUAGCCAGUACGGAAACAGAGGUCAUAGGGCAAGUAGAAACCUUAGCCAAGGACACCUUCAACUUAGCAGACAUUUUUGCCCAGAGUGAUGAUCUUGACCUUGGGGACAGCGAUGAGGAGCUGGAGGAGUCCACAAAGAAGACACAACAAUACCAACUUGAUUCCAACAAUUCUGGUAUUGGAAGAAGUGAGAGCUUAGAGGAUCUUGUUGCAGUGGAAGUAAAGCCAGAGAUUGUCAGCACCCAGGUAGAGAAGGUGACUGAGAAACAGGAAAAGUGGGCCAUCAAGGUGGAUGUACACUCACCUGUAGAUGACUUCUACAAGCGGGUACCAGACAUGGCUUAUAAGUGGCCAUUUGAACCAGACGUUUUCCAAAAGCAGGCAAUCUUGCACCUGGAGAAGCAUGAAAGCGUCUUUGUUGCUGCACAUACUUCAGCUGGCAAGACAGUGGUGGCAGAGUAUGCAAUAGCAUUGUCAAUGAAACACAUGACACGCACAAUCUACACCUCACCCAUUAAGGCUCUUUCCAACCAGAAGUUUCGGGACUUCCGGCUGACUUUUAAUGACGUGGGUUUGAUAACUGGUGAUGUUCAGAUCAACACAACAGCUGCUUGCCUCAUCAUGACAACAGAGAUUCUACGAUCAAUGCUGUAUAAUGGGUCUGACAUUGUUCGGGAUUUGGAAUGGGUCAUCUUUGAUGAAGUUCACUAUAUCAAUGAUUCUGCGCGAGGGGUUGUGUGGGAAGAAGUGUUGAUUAUGCUUCCUCAACACGUGAACAUCAUCCUUUUGAGUGCCACAGUACCCAACACAAUGGAGUUUGCCGACUGGGUUGGACGGAUCAAGAGGAAGAAAAUCUAUGUAAUCAGCACAGCAAAACGGCCAGUGCCUUUGGAGCACUACUUGUAUACUGGGAACAGCAACAAAACAAGCAAUGAGCUCUUCCUGAUCCUGGAUGCUAAAGGAAGCUUCCUCACAACAAGUUACAGCAAAGCCAUAGCUGCAAAGAAGGAGCGGGCAAGCAAUGCAUCCGAAAACUAUGGAGCAAAGGGACCAAGAGGAGGCAACCCCAGCCAGGACAAGAACAUAUGGCUGUCAGUAAUUGAGAUGUUAAAGAAGAAGGACAAGCUGCCUAUGGUGGCCUUUAUCUUUUCCAAGCGACGCAUAGAAGACAACAUCUUCAACUUGCAAAGUGUGGACCUCACAACAGCAGCUGAGAAGGCUGAGAUACACAUCUUUUUCCGCAAAUGCAUCUCACGUUUGAAAGGAGAGGACAGUAAGCUUCCCCAGGUACAACACAUGGAGGGUGUUCUGAAGCGAGGUCUGGGAGUGCAUCACAGUGGAAUUCUCCCCAUAUUGAAAGAAGUAGUGGAGAUGCUAUUUCAGCGAGGUCUUGUAAAGAUUCUUUUUGCAACAGAAACAUUCGCCAUGGGUGUGAACAUGCCUGCUCGUACAGUCAUUUUUGACAGCAUCGGCAAGCACGAUGGCACCCAACUUAGAACUCUUCUGCCUGGUGAGUAUGUCCAAAUGGCAGGACGAGCUGGUCGCAGAGGUAUCGACUCAACAGGGACAGUAAUUGUCCUUUGCAAAGGUGAUGUUCCAGAGACAUCGGAACUUCAUAGAAUGAUGCUUGGUAAACCCACACAAUUGGAAUCUCAGUUCCGUCUCACUUACAGCAUGAUCUUGAACUUGCUUCGCGUGGAACAGCUGAAGGUAGAGGACAUGAUGCGGAGGAGUUUCUCAGAGUUUCAUUCGCAGCAGAAUGUAACUCAACACCGGGAGGCACUGGAGGAACUCAAAGGUAACCUGCAACAGGUGAAAGACAUAGAAUGCUUCAUGUGUUCUCUGGAUCUGGAGAAAUAUUACCUUGCAUGCAGAGAAUAUCAUCUCCUGAGAAGACAGCUCCAGGAGGUCGUAUUGUCUCAUCCAACAGCAAUCAAGACCCUGUCCCCAGGGCGUGUUGUUAUUGUCGAGAAUGGUGUCUUUAGCAAUGUUCCCGGGGUUGUUCUCCAGACCAGCAUGGGUCCUAACAAUGUGCGGACAUUUAGCACUCUCAUUAUCUGCAACAAAAAUGGCUCAACCACUGACUCAGGGGAGACCACCUCUUCACAAGGCCUGCACGUAGCCCCUGUCACUGCAAGAAACUUGUUCAUCCCAGAGACUGUAUGUUGGCACAAACUGCUAGAGUGCAAUGCCACCAACAUCAAUAUCAUCACGAACAAAACCAUUAAAGUAGAUGCAGACAAAAUCCUGAAAGAUAUUAAGAAAAGGGAACAACCGCGCUUCAAGGAUGACCCUCCAGGGCAGUCUGUGACCGUGGCAACACAAGAGUUGGUUCGUUUGGCAGAGGAGAAUCCUCAAGGUCUGAAUGGUUUGGACCCUGUGAAGGAUCUUCACAUCCGUGACAUUGACCUUGUGGAGCAGUUCCGGUCGUUAAAGUUCAUGCAGGAUAACUUUGCCGACUUCCAGUGUGUCAAUUGUCCCAAGUUCGAGGAACAUUUUCGGCAGCUGGACAGCAACAUGAAACUAAAGGACGAGUACCAGCACCUGCAAUUUCUGCUGUCAGAUCAGAGCUUGAUGCUGCUCCCCGAAUAUCAACAGCGCAUGGAGGUGUUAAGAAGACUUCAUUAUCUGGACAAUAGCAAGGCUGUGCAGAUGAAGGGCAGAGUGGCAUGUGAGAUCUCCACUCAAGAGCUGAUGGUAACAGAGCUCAUCUUCGAAAAUGGAUUGACUGACCUACAUCCCACAGACAUUGCAGCCCUUCUGUCCUGCAUGGUCUUUGAGCAGAAGAAUUGCUCGGAACCAAAGCUCACACCAACUCUAAAGAAGUGCAAGGCCAUGGUUUUGGAAAAAGCAGAGCAAAUUGGUCGACUGCAGAAAGAGGUGGGAAUGAAAAUACCUGUGGAAGAUUACAAAGAAGAAUUCCACUUUGGUCUCAUGGAGGUGGCAUUCGAAUGGGCACGUGGCAUGCCUUUUGCUGAAAUCACAGCUCUGACAGAUGUGCAAGAAGGCAUCAUCGUACGAUGCAUUCAGCGGCUACAUGAACUGCUGCGUGAUGUUCGUGGGGCUGCUCGCAUCAUUGGUGACCCAAUUCUCUGUUCUAAAAUGGACGAAGCCAUGACUUUGAUCAAGCGAGACAUAGUGUUUGCAGCCAGUCUGUAUACACAGUAGCUUCUGUUUUACACAGGCAGGAAAUGGAAGCUUUGGUAUCUACUGUCAAAGCCUAUGCAUCACUGUGUAUACAAGACUAAAAGGAUGCUUGUUCCUUUUGUCAGCAUACACAAUAAUAGACAUAUACCAUGCCAAGCACCAGACCUUCUAAUAGAAAUGACAAAGGCACAAAUAACAGUCUCAGGUGUGUGAAAUAAUAAACUUUAAUUCAAUGUUUUUGUUAAAUGACUUUGUUAUUUGCAUUCUGAUGGGCUAAUUUUCUCAACCUUAAUAUUUUCUCAUCAGCUGGAAUUAUUUUGAAAAUAAACUGUAAUGACAUGAACAUUCAAA